CCAAUAGUGUCUGUGUAUAGGCGGGUACACUGCGUUUCACUUUCAUUGUGUCAGCGUGGGGAGUCAGUGCGAGCAGUGACAGAAACAUAAUAAAGAUAAACUUCUUCCUGCGUCGGCAGCCCUUUCAGAAUGGACUCUUUGUUGACUGCUGCUCAGAUCCGUGAGAAGUUCAUCAACUUCUUCCGUCGCCAUGAACACCAGUAUGUCCACUCGUCCGCCACCAUACCUUUGGAUGACCCCACACUGCUCUUCGCUAACGCUGGCAUGAACCAGUUCAAACCUAUCUUCCUGAACACCAUUGACCCGUCCCACCCCAUGGCCAGACUCAAGCGUGCAGCUAACACACAGAAGUGCAUCCGCGCUGGGGGCAAGCACAACGAUCUGGAUGAUGUGGGCAAGGACGUGUACCACCACACCUUCUUUGAGAUGCUUGGCUCCUGGUCCUUCGGAGACUACUUUAAACACCUUGCUUGUACGAUGGCCCUGGAGCUGCUGACUAAGGAAUUUGGGAUUCCCAUCGAGCGCCUUUAUGUCACCUACUUCGGGGGUCAUGAAGAAGCUGGGUUGGAUCCAGAUCUGGAGUGUAAACAGAUUUGGCUGGACCUUGGGAUGGACGAGGCUCGUAUUAUACCUGGCAGCAUGAAGGAUAACUUCUGGGAGAUGGGGGACACAGGUCCUUGUGGGCCCUGCAGUGAGAUCCACUUUGACCGCAUCGGGGGGAGAGAUGCUGCCCACCUGGUCAAUAUGGACGACCCCAAUGUGCUGGAGAUCUGGAACCUGGUGUUCAUCCAGUACAACAGGGAGUCUGAGACAGAGCUGAAGCCCCUGCCUAAGAAGAGUAUUGAUACAGGCAUGGGUCUGGAGCGUCUGGUCUCUGUGCUGCAGAAUAAGAUGUCCAACUACGACACAGACCUUUUCAUCCCCUACUUCCAGGCCAUCCAGAAGGGUACAGGAGCCAGGGACUACACAGGAAAGGUUGGUGCUGAGGACGUAGAUGGCAUUGACAUGGCCUACCGUGUCCUGGCUGACCACGCCCGCACCAUCACCAUCGCCCUCUCUGACGGGGGCAGGCCAGACAACACAGGGAGAGGAUAUGUGUUGAGGAGGAUCCUGCGUCGUGCUGUGAGGUACUCUCACGAGAAGCUGGGUGCUCAGAGAGGCUUCUUUGCUACCCUAGUUGAUGUGGUGGUAGAGUCCCUGGGUGAUGCCUUCCCUGAGCUGAAGAAAGACCCAGACAUGGUAAAGGACAUCAUCAACGAGGAAGAGGAGCAGUUCCUCAAGACACUCAGCAGGGGGCGAAAGAUCCUGGACAGGAAGAUCCAGAGUCUGGGAGACAUCAAGAUCAUCCCUGGUGACACCGCCUGGUUGCUGUAUGACACAUACGGUUUCCCCCUGGAUCUCACUGCCCUAAUCGCUGAGGAGAGGGGGAUGAUGGUGGACGUUGCUGCUUUUGAGGAGGAGAAGAAGGCUGCCCAGAUUAAGUCCCAGGGGAAGGGCUCUGGGGAUGAGGACCACAUCAUGCUGGACAUUUAUGCCAUCGAGGACUUACGCAACAAGGGCAUCGCUGCUACUGACGACACACUCAAGUACAGCUACAGUGCUGACGACAGCGGCAACUAUGAGUUUGAGCAGGCUGUGGGCACGGUGCUGGCUCUGAGGAGGGAGCGUGCCUUUGUGGAUGAGGUGACGACAGGGCAGGAGUGUGGGGUUCUGCUGGACAAGACUUCAUUCUAUGCUGAGCAGGGAGGACAGAGCUUCGACGAGGGCUACAUGCUGAGAGAGGACGACUCUGUAGAUGAUAGGAUGGAGUUCACAGUGAAGAACACUCAGGUUCGGGGUGGAUACGUGCUGCAUGUAGGAACGGUUUACGGCACUCUGAAGGUUGGAGAUCACGUCAUUCUGCACGUGGAUGAGGCUCGUCGUAGGCCCAUCAUGAGUAACCACACUGCCACCCACAUCCUGAACUUUGCCCUGCGGGAGGUCCUGGGAGAGGCUGACCAGCGUGGCUCCCUAGUGGCUCCUGACCGCCUGCGCUUUGACUUCACCGCCAAAGGUGCUCUGAGCACAGAAGAGGUGCGACGCACAGAGGAGAUUGCCUGCGCCAUGAUCCGCGACGCAAAGCAUGUCUAUGCCAUGGAUACCCCCCUGGCAGCAGCUAAAGCCAUCCAGGGUCUGCGUGCUGUGUUUGAUGAGACCUACCCUGACCCGGUGCGCGUGGUGUCCAUUGGUAUCCCCGUGGCUGACCUCCUGGCUGACCCCAGCAGCGCUGCCGGCUCCCUCACCUCCAUUGAGUUCUGCGGAGGAACGCACUUGCGGAACUCUGGCCAUGCUGCACCUUUUGUCAUUGUGUCAGAGGAGGCCAUCGCCAAGGGAAUCCGCCGUAUCGUUGCAGUGACAGGAGCAGAGGCACAGAAGGCCCAGAGGAAAGUAGAUGCUCUGAGACAGUCUCUGUCUGCUCUGGGGGAGAAGGUGAAGGUUCAGACCGCCCCCAAUAAAGACGUGCAGAAGGAAAUCGCUGACAUGACAGAGUUUCUGGGCAUGGCAGCGAUCUCCCAGUGGCAGAAGGAUAAGAUGAGGGAGGCCCUGAAGGGCUUGAAGAAGACCAUGGAUGACCUGGACCGUGCCAGCAAGGCUGACGUCCAGAAAAGGGUUCUUGAAAAGACCAAGGAGAUGAUUGACAGCAGCCCUAACCAGCCGCUGGUAGUCAUGGAGAUGGAAAGUGGAGCCUCUGCCAAGGCUCUGAAUGAGUCUCUGAAACUGCUGAAGACCAACUCCCCCCAGACUGCUGCUAUGCUCUUCACAGUAGACAACGAUGCUGGAAAGAUAAUCUGUUUAUGCCAGGUGCCCCAGGAUGUUGCCAACCGGGGCCUGAAGGCCAGUGAGUGGGUGCAGGAGCUCUGCCCUCUGAUGGAUGGCAAGGGUGGUGGCAAGGAUAUGUCUGCCCAGGCCACUGGCAGGAACACACACUGCAUAGAGGAGGCACUGCAGAUGGCCAACCAGUUUGCCCAACUUAAACUGGGUGAAAAUUAAUAGAGGACGACGAGGAGGCUGGGGUGUGGUGAAGGAUUAUGGGGAAAGACCCCUGGAUCCAACCCCACCAUCCCCACUGGAAUGUUCCAGCUCUGUUCUCUGUGUCUCUGAACUGGACGUUCCAGAAAAUUGUAUAGGAACAUUCACCCAUAGGAACAUUCACCCAUAGGAACAUUCACCCAUCCAAAGGUUAGAAAGGAAGCAGAUACAAUAGCCCUCUUUCUCUGAAAGGGAGAUGCAUCUGCAAUUUAUGGAGGAUACCAUGGUUUUCAUCCAUGCACAAUUUGAUGGCUCUCUGCAAGAUCUGUGUGGUCGAAGGAGGUCACUCUGAUUAGGUGAUCGAAUGAUUGAUAGGAUGUGGGGGGUAGCAUCCUCAUACACCUAUCUGAUCUGUCCUGUAGUAGAUAGUAUUAGUCCUCCAUCAUCCUAUCUUCCUCCACCUUUUAACUAAUGAUGGAAAUACUCAACGGUAAACUGCUUCAGUUCAUUGCUUGUUUCUCUCUAUUUCAUUGGCCUCUCCAUGUCAUUGCGUUUGUGUCUCACUUCCCCUCCAUGACUGUGGAGCGAUGUGGUCUCUGCAGACUGGGUUUCCUGGCAGUUGUAAUGUACAUUCACAACAGUAACCUUGGCACCAGUCAGCGCCACCAGCUGUGUAACAGUCUAAUUGUCUGACAUCUCAAUAUUAAUGUAGUCAAUUAAUAAUGAAUUAAAUAAAUGAAUGACAUGACAUUGUCAGUUCGGUGAAAUGCAUUUUAUUGGCACUUAUGAAUGCAUUGUGAUGUCCAUGUCUGAUGCAUUCCAUGUUGUGGAAUAAAAAUACUGAUAACACUUGA